AUGUUAGAUAACUUUCGUUAUUUUUUCUUUCGUUCUUUCCUUCGAAUUCACUAUUUGAUUGACUGUUUUCUUUUUAAUUCUCAUCACUUAUACUGUUAUAUAUUUUUCUUUUUGUCCUUUUCUUUUACUACCGCCAUAUGUCUUUCUUUUCUGACUGUUAUUCAGAUUACUUUCUUUUUUCGUAUUUAUAGAUUUGUCCUUUUGGCUAUUUUUGUUUUUCUUAAUGAUUUGCUUGAUUCUGUCUUUCUUUCUUUGUUGAUAUUAUUUCCGGCGAAUUUUACGCAAUUUUUCUUUCUUUUUUUUUUUCAUUUUCUAAAUAACUUACUUACUUUUCUCUCCCCCUCUCUCUCUCUCUCUUUAUUUCCUACUCUUUUUGUGAUCAUACCAGUCGUUAUGUUAUAUUUUCUUCAUUCAUUCCUUUUUAUUUCUUAUUCAUUUCAUUCAUUCAUCUUUUGUUUGCUCUUCAUGAUCUAUCUGCCUGAUGUCUCCCCUUCAUUCAUUCUUGUUUUGCGUUCCUUUUUCAUCUCCAUUUUCCUUCAUUCACACCUUGCUUUCUUUUCUUUCUUUUUUAUUAAAUUACAUUGCCACACAUAA